UCUGACUAAUGAAAAAGAAAACACUAUAAAAUUACUUGUGGCGUCAGAAAUGGCAUUCACAGGCGCCCAACCAAUUACUGGACUGAAGUUUUAGCCUGUAGCAAAAUUUACGCGAGAGCAGAUUUAAAUAGCCUUUUGACUUCUAGGUUAUAUAUUUAAUUCAGUAGUGUAAUUAAAAUUAAGUCUUACAAAAAACUCAUCCACAAGGUUUGCCAUUCUUGGAAUCAUUCCCUCCAACAUCAUGUAUACCUUAAUUCUCCUCUUUCUUCUGUUCUUCCCCUCUGUAUAUGCAGAAUAUUGCCAAUCUUCUUUGUGUGGCAUUAACAUCUCAAUUCGGUUUCCCUUUCAACUAGAAGACCAGCAACCAAAACACUGCAGUUAUCCUGGUUUCAACCUCGAUUGCAAUAGUGAGGGCAAAACAAUUCUAAAGCUUCCUUAUUCUGGAGAUUUUUUUGUGCGUGAUAUUGAUUAUUUGGCACAACAGAUAUAUCUCUAUGACCCGGCUAAAUGCCUACCCAGACGGUUCCUAAGCUUUAAUCUCACAAGUUCUCCUUUUGCUGCUACUUAUCGUAAUUACAUCUUCUUAAGCUGCCCAGCUCAGGUCACAAAGUCCCGUGCGGCUGUCAUUGAUUGCCUCAGCAAUUCCACAAACUCUGUUUUAGCUACUUCUUCUAUUAGCCUUGCUAAUUCGAUGAUGGAAUCUUGCCAGAAAAUAAGGACGUUGCAAGUUCCAGUUUCGUGGCCAGUCGAGUUUGACGAAGGGUUUUCAACUGAUCUUAACAAUGAUCUUCAAUUGACAUGGGAUAAACCUGAUUGUGGUGAUUGUGAAGCAGGGGGAGGGAUAUGUGGGUUUGAGAGCAGAAGUAGUCAAGAAAUAUAUUGUUUCAGUGAUACUAAACCAGGGCAAUCAAACAAGGCUUUCCGAGUAUUCAGGAUCAUUUGUCUGUCUACUGCACUACCAGCUGUUUCAUGUGCGACUGGAAUCGCGAUAUAUCUACGCGUCAUGAACUGGAGAGGCCGCCGCCGGGGGCGUAACUCCACCACAGCGACAGUGUCACCACAACCACAAUCCACCAUACUAAUGACGGGCCUUGAUGAGCGUACCAUUGAAUCAUAUGACAAGCUAAUUCUUGGGGAAAGCAAGCGCGUACCGGGGCCUAAUGAUACCCCUUGUCCCAUUUGCUUGUCGGAGUAUCGCUGCAAAGAUGCAAUCAGAUGUAUGCCCCACUGCAAACACUGCUUCCACGCUGAUUGCAUCGAUGAAUGGCUCAGGAUGAAGGGUACGUGUCCAGUUUGCCGAAACUCUCCCUCUCCUUCCCAUGCCACUUCACAAAUUACCUAGUUCUUAAUUUCCCUCAACCUUUCAAUCUAUCAUGUACAAGAUUUGAGGUUGUAACAUGCUUUUCUUUUCAUUAUAACAUAAGUUUUUUAUUUUAUUUAUUACAAGUCAGCUUAUGAUACAAGUUGGCCUCAGUUGUUUACAACCAAUAAUUCAUUGACAACAGUACAAAGUCAUAC